CUACAUCUGGUCCCAUUAUCCUCUCUCCAUGCAGGGGAUGAAGUGGUUUAGCACCAUGUCCCUCGGCAGCAAAAGGAGCAAGAGGAGGGGUAGAAGGAGCACCAGUCGCCACGGUGGAGGGGAAGGUGCGCUGCUCUCCCUGGCCCUCCUGGUGGCGGUGACGGCCACGGUGGACCCGGUGGCAGCGCAGAAGCAGCGGACGGGCGGUGGGUCGGAGAAAGUGCCGGUUCUGAACAUCGCCGUGAUCCUGGGGUGCACGCGCUACAUCUCGGACCAGGACAUCCGGGCGCUGUGGAGCAAAGAGGACCCUAUCGACGUCAACGUGGUCACGCUGCUGGUCAACAAGACCGACCCGAAAAGCAUCAUCACCCACAUGUGUGACCUGAUGUCAGGGACCAAGAUCCACGGCGUGGUGUUUGGGGAUGGCACUGACCAAGAGGCCAUUGCCCAGAUUUUGGAUUUUAUUUCCUCGCAGACACUCAUACCCAUUUUGGGCAUCCAUGGGGGCUCGUCCAUGAUCAUGGCUGACAAGGAUGUGAAGUCGACAUUUUUCCAGUUUGGUGCUUCCAUCCAGCAGGAGGCUCUGUUGAUGCUGAACAUCAUGGAAGAGUAUGACUGGCAUGUGUUCUCAAUUGUCACGUCAAAGUUUCCUGGAUACCAGGAGUUCAUCAACAUCCUAAAAACUACAGUGGACAACAGUUUUGUGGGCUGGGACCUGCAGAAUAUCAUCACUCUGGAUGCCGUGGAGGAAGACAGCCGCUCUCAGAUCAUGCUCAAGAAGGUCCAGUCUCCGGUGGUCCUGCUUUACUGCUCCAAAGAUGAAGCGGUGUACAUCUUGGAGGAGGCUCGCUCUCUGGGCCUGACUGGAUUCGGUUACAUCUGGAUCGUGCCGUCGCUCACGACGGGGAACCCCGAGAUAAUGCCGGAAGCGUUUCCGUCGGGGAUGAUUUCAGUGUCGUACGACGACUGGGACUACCCGUUGGAGGCGCGCGUUCGCGACGGACUGGGGAUCAUAACGUCUGCCGCGGCAGCCAUGCUGGUGGAGUACGGUGACAUCCCAGAGGCCAAGACAUCCUGUUACGGCCCGAUGGAAAAGACAUCAAAGCUCCCGCCCAGCGCACUACACAAGUACAUGAUGAACGUGACAUGGGAUGGCAGGGACUUGUCAUUCACAGAGGAUGGCUACCAAGAAUACCCAAAGCUUGUUGUCAUUGUUCUCAAUAAAGAGAGAGAGUGGGAAAAGAUGGGAAAACUUGACAAUCGCAGCCUGACACUAAAGUACCCGGUGUGGCCACGGUUCAACUCGUUUGGCGAUGCCGAGCUGGACGACAACCACCUGUCCAUUGUCACCUUGGAGGAGAAACCCUUUGUUAUUGUGGAGGAUGUUGAAAGACUCACUGGCACCUGUAUGAGGAACUCUGUGCCCUGCAGGAAGCAUAUCAAAGACAACACAACUGAGGCUGGUGGAACGUAUAUCAAAAAGUGCUGCAAAGGCUUCUGCAUCGACAUUCUGAAGAAGAUUGCCAAGUACGUCAAAUUUACGUAUGACUUGUACCUGGUAACCAAUGGCAAGCAUGGCAAGAAAAUCAACAAUGUCUGGAAUGGGAUGGUGGGAGAGGUGGUCUAUAAGAAAGCCGUCAUGGCCGUCGGAUCUCUGACGAUCAAUGAGGAGCGUUCUGAGGUCAUCGAUUUCUCCGUCCCGUUCGUAGAAACUGGGAUCAGCGUCAUGGUCUCACGUAGUAAUGGAACUGUCUCGCCAUCAGCUUUUCUCGAGCCAUUCAGUGCAUCAGUGUGGGUGAUGAUGUUUGUGAUGCUCCUACUGGUGACUGCAAUGGCUGUCUUCAUGUUUGAGUACAUCAGUCCUCUUGGCUUUAACAGAAAUCUGGCACAAGGAAAAGAUCCCCACGGUCCUUCUUUUACCAUGGGCAAGGCCGUUUGGCUGCUGUGGGGUCUGGUCUUUAACAACUCUGUGCCAGUGCAAAACCCCAAAGGAACCACCAGCAAGUUCAUAGUGUCGGUGUGGGCCUUCUUUGCUGUCAUCUUCCUGGCCUCGUACACUGCCAACUUGGCUGCCUUCAUGAUUCAGGAGGAGUUUGUUGACCAAGUCACUGGGCUGUCAGACAACAAGUUUCAGAAUCCAUACGCAUACUCUCCUCCGUUCCGCUUUGGGACAGUCCCGAAUGGGUCCACUGAGAGGAACAUCAGGAAGAACUACCCAGCCAUGCACCAGUACAUGGUGAAGUACCAUCAAACUGGUGUUGUGGACGCACUUGUCAGCCUCAAAUCAGGCAAACUGGAUGCCUUCAUUUAUGACGCUGCAGUGUUGAACUACAUGGCUGGGAGAGAUGAAGGGUGUAAGCUUGUGACCAUCGGCAGCGGGUACAUAUUUGCUACCACUGGUUAUGGCAUUGCUCUGCAGAAAGGUUCCUUCUGGAAGCGACAGGUGGAUCUGGCCAUCUUGGCCAUCAUCGGGGAUGGUGAAAUGGAAGAACUGGAGGCCCAGUGGCUGACAGGAAUCUGUCACAAUGAGAAGAACGAAGUCAUGUCAAGUCAGCUGGAUGUGGACAACAUGGCGGGGGUCUUCUACAUGCUGGCCACGGCGAUGGGACUGUCCCUCAUCACCUUCGUCUCGGAGCAUCUCUUCUACUGGAGGCUGAGAUACUGCUUCACCGGAGUCUGCUCUGGCAGGCCAGGGCUUCUUUUCUCCAUCAGCAGGGGAAUCUGGAGCUGUAUCCAUGGAGUUCACAUUGACAUGAAGAAGAAGACAGACCUUGACUUCAGCCCCCAGGACAAAAUGCUUAAGCUCAUUAAGUCUGCGAAACAGAUGACCAACAUGUCUAACCUCAGUGGCUCCCGCAUGAACUCGCCUAAACGAGAAUUCAUGCACUCAGCUGGUCCCAUGAUCAUGGACAUGAUGGCAGAGAAAGGCAACUUCAUUUAUGCUGACAACAGAAGCUACGCUCCCAAAGAUAUGAUCUAUGGGGACACCGGUGACCUUCAGUCUUAUCUUGCAAAUCGCCACAAAGACCACCUCAACAACUAUAUUUUUCAAGGCGGGCAGCAUCCCCUGACCCUGAAUGAUGCCAAUCCAAAUACCGUGGAGGUAGCAGUGAGUGCUGACACGGUCCAAACAAAUGCAAAGUCUCAGCGAACCCUGUGGAAAAAGUCAACCGACACGUUGCGUUCUGUGCCACCGGGGCCUUCUCCGAUGCCUGACAUGCUAAUGCCAGAUCCACGAAUAUCCAUGAAGACGCAGCGCUACCUCCCAGAAGACACGGCCCACUCCGACAUCUCUGACUGUUCAAGCAGGGGAGCCACCUACAAGGACCCAGAAAACAACAAGCACCUGAAACCCAAGGACAACUUAAAAAAAAGAUCCGUGACGUCAAAAUACCCUAGGGAUUGCAGUGAGGUGGAGCUGUCCUACUUAAAAACUAAGCAGGUCAGUGGUGGAACCAACCAAAGUGGGAGAGGAGGAGGUGGAGGAGAGAAAAUCUACACAAUUGAUUCCGACAGGGAGAUGAGCCUCCAUUCAGAUCCCGUUCACUACCGCGAGAGUCAUGGUCUUGGAACAGAUGAUUUGGAUUACCCUGAAAUUUACUCUGACCACAGUGAUAACUAUAGAAAGUGUGAGCAGCCAAUCAUUCAUCUGAACUCCUCACCUAUGCAUCACACGGACUCAGAUCUUCUGACAGACUCGGCUUACUCGAAACACUACAGCCUAAAAGAGAAAAAUAUCUCCCUGUCCCCUCAUGAAUCCAUUGACCGCUACAAACAGACACACUGCCGAUCCUGCCUGUCCAAAGUACCCUCUAGCUACCAACAAGGAGGGCCUUACGUCUCUACAGGAUCUGCCGCAGCAUCUGGGACGCGAUCUCCAUACAAUCGAUGUGACGCAUGCCUUCACACGGCCAAUUUGUAUGACAUUAGUGAGGACCAGCUUCUUGGUGAUCCCUUGGUUAGCCCCACCAUGCAUCACCAAGAGCAGCAGCAGCCAGACGAAAUGUUUGGUCUAUACUGGCCACAGACAGAUGGGCCACAUGUCCAAAAAAGAAACCGCUUGAGGCUAAGUCGUCAGCACUCCUUUGACAACAUCAUGCUCGAAAAGCCCAAGGAUGUAGACCUGGGCCGACCAGCACGCAGCGUCAGCCUCAAGGAGAAGGAUCGCUUCUUGGACUCAGCAUCUGACUCCCACUAUGCCAAUCUCUUUGGGAUGCGCCCUUACUCCGGCAGACUCUUUGGCACUGGGUCUAAAUCAAUGCUGUUUAACAAUAACCUUGAGGAGAGCAAGAGGAGCAAGUCCCUGUACCCAACCCAUGGCUCGGAAAACCCUUUCCUCAGCCACUCGUUGAGGGAUGACACCAGCAGCAGACUGGUCCAUGGGCGCAGCUCCUCUGACAUUUACAAACAGCUGGCAGUAGGUUCUCCUUCAUUGGCCCUAGGAGCAGCUCCCAUCAAAACACGCAAUGAUGCGAACAAUCUUCGCUCUUCUGUUAAAUCCACCUCUUCAUACUGCUCAAGGGAUGGGCGGAUAGCUAAUGACAUGUAUAAUAAAGAGCAUGUGAUGCCUUACUCAGCCAAUAAGACUAGUGCAUACCCAGCCUCAAGGGGUGUCCUAAACUCAGCCCAGUUCAGCAAUAGACGGGUGUAUAAGAAAAUCCCCAGCCUGGAGUCAGAUGUUUAGUUGAUAUAAGAAAUGUUUUCUCUCCCUCUAACUCCUCUCUGGGUUUGUAUUAUAAUUUAUCAACUAUGUUAUCCACUAAGGGAUGUCAUAGCCACCUGACCAUUUUUCUUCUCUUUGACAUUGUGCUCAAAAAAAGAACUUCUGGCCCACUUGGGACUAAUUGUAUUGCUCUUACUCUCUUUGCAGAUUAUAUCACCAUAUUUGCCCAUUGUCUCCCAUGUACCAAUCAGUUUAAUAUUUGAUCAGCACUCUGCUGCACGGUUUCCAAAUGGAGGAAGAGAACAUAAUAGUGCCAUUUCUGGGAUUGGUGUAUUAGGUUUCUUUAUCGAAGAAUUCCUACUUUGCUGUUAGAAGAAGAGUGUAUUAUGUGGCAGUAAUGUGCAGGCGUUGACGGUGGUAGUGAUUUUUUUUUUUUUUAAGGAGGAUUAAGAAACAGUGGAAAAGGAGAUAAGGCUUAUAAUGACCUCCUUCUUACCAUUUUUUUCUUUUCCACCUUCACUGACAAGCUCACUACGAGAAUGGGCCUGACAGAGGAAACCAGAUGGGUGAACUAGACCUAUAGGCAUUUUGGGAAGGGAAAGGUGGAAUAGUGAGCGAGGCCAAUGGUCUGCCACUUGCUGCGCUAACAAACGUACCUACGACGACACCUGAGAGUGAAGGAGAAACACAAAGAGGAUAAAAUAAAAAAAAAGUGAACAGAUUAGUGUAAUCAACUGGCUGUUUUUGUCAGUUACUGGUUUUCUGCUUUUAAAAACCACGUCAGCGACACAACAGUGAUGAGAGCAAUGUAGGAAUAAUGUUUACAAACUGAAAGAAGGCAGACUGAGAAAAUGAUUUGUAUAGAGAAAAGGCAAGAAUAGAAACUCUAGACAGCAGAGGGGCAUUUCAUUCUUGGCACUGCACAUAUAAAAUGAUUGCAAAGUCUUACUUUUUUAUUCUAUUCAGCUAUAAAAAUUUAAAAAUCUAUGUAGAAUUUUAGUGUUUGCUUAUUUGGUAGCACAAUAGCAAUUAGUUUAAAAAGAAACUCUCUCCCACAUUUGCAUUUGAAAAAAAGGCAUAGCUUACUGAAAAAAAAAAAAUCAUCAGGAGUAGUAGGUUGUUUUGCAUGUGUUUAUUUUAUUUUUUUCCUUCAAGACAAGAGAAAAUGCACACAAAUACUCAGUCAGACACAUAUUUAUCAUGUUUCUGAAAAGGGCAAAGUUAGAGGUGCUGGGUCGGUGGAUGUAGUACAACACAAACUUUGAUCUCUAACCUUUAAACAUAAUAAACCUGUAAAGGUAAUUGUGGAAGAGAAUAAAGAUUAUAUAACAAAGAGGGGAAAGAUGACAUCUGUGUCCGCCGCUAUCACCUCUUCUGUGGUGAGCACAGGGAUAAUUUUUUGUCUUUUGAUAACUCUGCCACUGAAAAACAGGGUAUAUUUAGCUAAAAAAAAAAAAAAGCUCUGAUGAUCCCUUCCUUCUUCCUUUCUUUCAUUUACAUGUCAUAAAUAGUGUGAUCGACAACAAUUCACUUUUAGUUUUUUUAGAUUGACGUCAAGUUUAUUCUCGGUUGGCUGAACUAGGAUUGACAGUCUAUUAGUAUUUAAAGGGCAUAUAUCAUCACUUUUAAAAGGAUUCAUUUUUAUCCGUUUUCAGCCGUGCAUGUCAUGAUAGUUCCAUUCAUUCCCAUGACAAAUAGAGCAAUAUGCAAAAAUAUUGUGAAAGACAAAAUGUUGGUCAAAAGUUGCUAAAGAGUAAUGAAGAUGCGAUUGGGAUUCUUCUGAACUCAGAAGCAUUGAUACCAAAGUUUGCAGCUGAAACGUUGGUUGGAGUUUUUUUUUAUUUUUUAUUCCUGACUACGAAGGAAGUCAGGAAAAUGUUUUCUGAGAGAACUAGAUUAGAGAGCUAACAGAUGUGGGGGGGUUAAAAGUACUCUGCAAACCUAUUCUAUUUGUGUUUCAUCAUAGGGAGAAAAAAAAAAGUCAAGAGUCGCAAUAAGUCUAAUUGUAAAAGAAAACACUGGCAGCGUUCAGAUGGAAAUUCAAGUUAUUUUUUUCUCUACGUAAACAGUCGAUGGUUCCCUCUGAACGUUUUCAAUGCACAACAGUAAGAUAAAAGUCAGGACGUUACUCCAAGCAUACCAUCUGUUAGACCGCUCCAACUCUUGAAGUUGUCAAGUUGUUGUUUAGCCUUAAGUGUCAUUUGACGCUAAUGUUGCGUAGGUGGUGGAUUAGAGGGAGGUAAAUAUACUGAUUUGCAUUUAGAUUACAACUACAGUCAAACGCUCCCGCAUUCAUUUGGCUCAGACUGGUAAAAAAAUUAAUUAAUUUAAAAAAUGAGUUGAAUAUGAAAAUAAGACGGGCACGGGUGUUUAUUGAUUUAACUAGUGACAGAGUACCAAUUAAAAAAAAGCAAAAAUCACUAGAAGAAAGCAUGUUCUUGCAUAAAAACCUUUAUACUCAUUAACAAGAGCUAUGGCUGCCUUAGUGGUUUUACAGAUUUCUUUCCUAACUCUAGCAUUUAAAUAUGUUCUCUUGUCUCAGGUUUGGGGUGUGCCUUCCCUUGAAUGGAGAUUUUAAUUGUUUCAUAAACUUCAGGCAAAAAUGUUUACAACAUGAUCUUAAUGGCGAAAAUGCUGACUCCGUCAUUAUUCUGUGUUGCCAAUGCGUUCAAACACACUAUUUGACACUUUUUGAUAAGUAACCAGAGUGGGGUUUAUGGAUACCAGUUGUUCUUUGGACAAAGUUUAUCCUGUUGAUACAUUAUCAUAUGGUACUUCUUUUACACGUUCUCAAUUAGGUACUGUCAAUUUUGUAAAUUAGCCAAACUAAGCAUGAUUGGGCAUAGCUGAGACCACUACAUGGUGGGAAUAUACUUCCCAUAUCCAUCCAUUGUCUCUAUCUGUUUAUCCUUGCAUGGUUGCAGGGGGCGGGUCAGCAAUUAUUGGGUGAGAAGCAUGGUACACCAGAUAGCCAGUCAAUCACAGGCCAACACAGGACAAACCAUAAUGCAUGCACACAUUUCCAAACCUGAGCUUAUUCUAGAGACUAGUUAACCUAGGAUUUGUGUUUUUGGACUCUGAGUGUCCGGGAGAAUAUGCAGGUCCUGCUAGGCAACAGUGCUACCAGCUGUACCACCUGGAAGGCCACUCCCAUGUUAUGUGUUGAAUAUGCAUCAAAAGGCACUAGUGGUACACACAUGCCACCUGAGGCAUGGUUGAAAAGACGUUUUGGUGAUUAAAAUGUCCUUUUAAAAUUAUGAUUAUGCUUUAGAUUUCAGAAGGCUAUUCUAGAUUUUAUGGCUCACAAAUAUUGAUUAUAUUUGCCCUUUAAACACUGCAGUCUUAAAAGGAAACUGUUCUCACAUUGUGAGUAAUCCAGAUCUCUUGAGGAAGAAGAUUUUUUUUAUUAAUGGAUCCCUUGUUUUCCUUUGCACCAUUGUGUGGGUGGGUUGUGAGUCGGGGCUACUGGAUCCAAGGAGGCUCCACUGUUUUAUACUCAUCCAUCACAUAUCCAUCUGUUGGGAUUUAGUGUUAUCUGUGCAUGGCAGAUCUUGGGCAAGCUUGAAAUGAUAACCAAAACAUUUUUAUUUUAUUUUUUUUGAGGUGGGGUGGGAUUAAUCUGAUUGUUUAUUUACAUGUUUUGAUAUUUGCAUAAAGAGACAUACGUGUGUAUAUACUUCCAUGUUCACUCGUGCCAAACUUUUUGUAGCAUAAAGCUGUACAAAUUGCACACUUUAGAAAAAAA